AUGGACACGCCAAACUUUUAUUGCUUUUGUGGAAAUGUUCAUGUUUUGACUGGUACUCGUUUAAUUGGAGCAAUUGGUUCUUUGACAUGUUCAUUUUUAAUUUCAUUUUUAAUAUCAGAACAAUCUUUUUGUGGAAUUUUUGUAUUUGCUAUGUUUUGUAUUCCAUUUGUUUUAUUACUUUUUGCUGACCGUCAACGAUGUUCUAAACUUUAUUUGCCUUUUUUGUUAUUAAAUGCAAUUUUAACUUGUUUGAAUUCUCUAUAUCUUUUAUUUAUUGGAACAAUGAUGAUUUGGAUGCCUUAUUUUUGGAAAGAACAUUUGGAAUUAUCUCUUGACAUCGACAUAGAAAAUAAAAGUUUAAAUUAA